UGCCUAUGACUGUGUGAUACCACCUAUGGAAAAGGCAGUAGUGAAAACAGAUAUUCAAAUUUCACUUCCUGCCGGAUGCUAUGGGCGAGUAGCACCACGUUCUGGUUUAGCUGCAAAGCACUUCAUUGAUGUUGGAGCUGGUGUUAUUGAUGAGGAUUACAGGGGAAACGUCGGUGUAGUACUCUUCAACUUUGGGAAGGAAUCUUUUGAAGUUAAAAAAGGGGAUAGGAUUGCUCAGCUGAUAUGUGAACGCAUUUUCUAUCCUGAACUAGAAGAAGUUCAAGCUUUGGAUGAUACAGAACGUGGCGCAGGUGGCUUUGGUUCUACUGGACAGAACUGAAGAUGCUUUCAAUAUACUUU